AUUAAAUUUUGAGCUGGAUUUUCGGUCGGGGAUCUGCCCAAAAGUAGUUUUGUGGAUAAAAAGUGCAAAGAAUAUGGCUCACGGCACGAUGUGAGCGUUCUAGGUGCAGUGCAGGAAAAGCGACGAUAUCCGUGGCCGAGAGAACGAAACGAUUGCGGUUCCAUAACGUGCAUAGGUCCAGUGUUUGGACACGCUCUGAUUCACAUCUCCCCGCGGCUUUCGCUCACCAUGGCCGCUGCACCGGAUCGCAGCUUUGUGUCGGAGUAUUUUGCAAAUUUGAAUGAAAUCUCCAAGAAGAUCGCGCUGGACAUCGAGGAGAUACGCAGCGCGUACGAGCACAUCUGGGACGAUCUGAGCCGCGAGGAGCAGAUGGAAAUUGUGAACGAAACGAUCAUCAAACCCGAGCUGGCACUAAAGUACUUUGACAACUUUUCCACAUCCACCGACUCGCUGCAACGCAUUCUCGGCACGGACGAUGACGAAAACGGUACCGGGGAGGACGACCGGAACGCCAACCUGUACGAUGGUAAGGGACUGCAGACGUUCCAGUAUGUGCGCACCGGGCGAAAAGUGGUCACGGACGACAGUAUCGGAUUGUUCCGUGAUGAGCAUUCGGCACCGUUCUCACACAAGACCAAAAGCCAGAUCAACUUGACCAUCUUCCCGCUAGAGAAGGAUGCCAAACCGGCCGCUGGUGCCAAGGGAGGGGCCCUGUUGGCGAAGAAGUUACUGCUGAAAUCUCCCAAACUGGACGAUAGUGUCGUCGACGGAAAGGAGGCACACAAGGAGCAAAAGGAUAAAGUUGGUCCCACGGUGGGAGCUCAGGCCAUUUACGACAGUGAGCGGAACAUCAUUUCGAACGAAGCGACCACGAAAGGGCUGGGAAGUGGUCCCGGUGCCGGACUGUUUAGCAAGUUUAACACGCUCAUCUUCAACCAACCACCGUUGGAAAUGACGACGGCAGCGUCGGCCGCUUCCAUCGAUGGUAGCGACGAGGUGGAUGGAACGAUCGAUCAGGACGAGUUCGACACCGACAACGAUAAGGUGAAUCUGUUUACCAAAAGUUCGAAAAACGAGUGCCUUCACCGUGCGCAGUCGUCCUCGGUCGAAGAGGAUGACAAAAACUAUGACGAACUCAACAGCUUGCUUGGCAACAGCAAAGGUUUCGAUUUCCUCAAUAACUGGUAAAUCUUCCACGAUCAUGCCAGAUCGACGAGAACGAUCGAUUUCUGGUUUCUUGCCUUGGCCACAACACCUUCCUUCUAGUCUAAUUUGCACAACCGCGCACAUCGUAACCGGAUUAAGGACACUCGCUCGCUCUCUUUCGUGUAGGUAAUUAUCUCUCUCUUUAGAUGGUUUUGAUGAUCUUUAGUACAUCAAAAUCAUCAUAACUUAUACCCUCCUUAGUGCGUUCCUUGAUCAGCUUGCUAAUCUAAAUUCACCUUAGUUUGCUUAGAUCGCGCCGCCUAAAGGCGUAAAAAUACUCAAAGUCAUACAAAUCUCGAUCAAUAUCAAAUUAUUCCAAACAGACUGAACAACCCACAUACAUACGCACUAGCUCUGAUAACGUAGAUUGUGAGCUAGGGUAGACGGUUAGUUCGUUAGUUCAACCGUACCACGAAACGGUAGAAACCGAAUUUACUACAUGGAAACCAAAAAAGAAAGAACAAAAUCACACAAUCUUCAACUACUCAUCGCAGGGAAACUAUCCUGAUGUAGGCCAUCAUCGAUCGCUCCCAUUAGAAGUUAAGAAUCUAUGCUCAGUAGGAAAAACUCGUGGCUCUGGUCUCGAACACACUUUCGUUUAAAUGAUCCAUCACCCAUUCACGUUCAUCAUUAACCAAGGAUCCAAGAGGGCUCUAAAAUCUUAUCGUAUAAGAUCGAAUAUUUAUUCACGAAAUCCAUUUCAUCACAUCAACAUUAUACCCGCGCAGAACGGUAUCGGUAAACAGUAAUACCUCAUCUUCUCCAAACACUCUUUAGUAGUGUAUUGCAACGAUCGUAUCCGGAGGCCCUAUCCGGGAGUUGCGUAACAGACUUAUACUUAGAGCUCGCAUGCAGCAGUAGAAGUUAAUAAAGUGUAAUGGAGCAUCCAAACAUU